AUGGUUCCUAAAUCCAUUAAGGGUGGAAAGUCCAAGGUCGCCGCAGGCUCCCUUGGAGCAAAAGUUGCUAGGGGAAGAGUUCUAGGUCAGAGCACCUCUCCAGUGACUAAGACGUUAACCACUGUUAUUGAACCCAAUGGCGAUAUUAAGAUAACCGUCACUAUGAACAAGACUAAGCGCGCCAUUGUCGAGAUAAGCUCCAGCUCCAGCUCCGGCUCUAGCGAUAGCGACAGCGAUAGCGACGCGAGGUAG